ACUAUGACACACACUGAUCAAAGAUCUGCUGCUGCAGGUGUGUGCGCGCACACUUCCUGUCAGUGCCUGUGGCACAGAUAAAGGUUGGUGGGCGGAGCUUGUUCAGCUCCUGUUUCAGUUUUUCUGGUUUUUCUUCAAGUCAAAAACAAACAGGAACCAAAGUUUCAUCAGCCUGAAGAAAAGUUUAAUCUGGAAAAGAAUUCAGUCUGAAGUGAAAAGUUUUGGUGUUUUUCUGUUGUCGUGUCUUCAAACAGGAAGUCGGGAUCAGUCUGAACCUGCUGGGGAACUACGGGUCUAUUUUGAAGGUUUUAUUGUAAGUGUUCUUCUCAGAUUUGUCAGAUGUUGGUUUGACCGUCCUGUGACUUUGAAGAGGAGGCGGAGCUCCAAUAAUGCUGACAUCAUCACUGCAGAGACACAUAACCAAAAACUUCCCUGAAGAAGAUGAUGAGACCAUGAGCCUUCGAGAUUCUGCUGACAUCACGACUGACCCCGCCCACACCCAUCUCUGCCCUACCACAGUGGACCUUGCCUCUCAGGUCACAGUGGAGAGUGGACAGAUUUCAGAAGAGGGGGAGCCGGGUCACAGGUUUGUGUCGGUCCAACCUCCACACAGUCUGAUGGCCGGCUCUGCUCCACCAACUCCAUUUCCCAGUCAGACUGACAGAUGUUGGCCCCGCCCAAGUCUGGUCAGUGGUUGGUCUUUGUACCCGGACAGUCUCCGAUCCUUUCAGAACCACAGCUUCUUGUCUGGACCCAGUUGCACAAACAGUACCAGCACCAUCUGGAGUCUAGAGCCGCCUCUGUCCCUGCACUCAGAUCCGCCCUCCUGGGACACUGGCCACCAACCAAGUCACCACAUAGUUCACCACGCCCUGUCUCCUUAUGCCUGCUCACCUCAGAGCACCCCCUGCUGGGCUCAAUGCUGUAAUGACAGCUUUAACAGAAGAGUUCGCGUCCCGGCAGCAGUGGGACAUACGUACAAGUCCACCUUCAACCCACACUGUCCAACUGAAGGUUCUGGGUUUUCUGCUGCUGCUGCUGCUGCUGCUGCUGCUGCUGCACACAGCUGCAGAGCUGAUGAAGCUGCAGUGAAAGAGAAGAAGAACAGCAGCGCCCCCAACAGUUACAAAACACUGCUGUCACUGGAGCAGAGAAAAGUUUUUGUGACGUAUGCAGAUGAUGACGACGAUCAUGUUAACGAGGUCAUUAACUUUGUGGCUCUACUGCGACACAAUGGCUUUGACACACACAUUGAUAUCUUCGAACAGCAGUUCAGAAGCAUCAGCAACAUUGAUUUCAUGGAACGAUAUUUAAAUGAGAGAGAGUUUUUGAUCAUCAUCGUCAUCAGCCCAAAGUACCACCACACUGUGACAGCUCCACCCGUGGGAGUGGAGAAUGAUGAGAGGACGUUUAACACUGUUUACAUUCACAAACAGCUUCAGAACGAGUUCAUCCAGAACGGAAGCAAAAACUUCCGUUUUAUUCCUGUUCUGUUUCCUGGAGCCAAACAAUGUCACGUUCCAAACUGGCUUCAAAACACAAAUGUUUAUCGUUGGCCUUGGGAUCGUGAUGACAUCUUGCGACGUUUGAUGAGAGUGGAGAAGUACAACCCUCCGCCAAUCGGAACGCUGCCCACAAUCCUAUCCAUCCCACUGUAGUCACCACUAAAGAAACUCCAAACUGUUUCCUGUCUGACUGAUGCCACUUCCUGUUUCACAAAGUCCAACUUCCUGUUACGUUGAAUUAACAACUCUUCAGUGGAGUCGUAGCCUGAUUAUCAGACAGGAAGUGGCGUGGAGAGUUUGGUGAGUUUUUUUCAGUGAUGCAUUAAAAAAAAAUGAAAUAGAGAAAAGUUUAGUUUUGGUGAUCUUUAUCUUCA